GUUGAACAAAAAUCAUUGAUGUUUGUAGUUUCAUUCAGAACUCAUAUCUGCAAUGAAUUUCAUUGGCAUUUUUGGCUUGAUAAUUGUGGUAUUUGUAAGUAUUUGUGCAGCAUGGCAACCUCUUACACCGGAAGAAACUCUGUUCACCUACACGAGAUGCAUGGAGGAUUACGCGGCAGGUGAUCUUGAACUGGCGAAAAAAUGGAUGAUUUGGCAGGUCGAGGAAGACCCAAAAACGGCGUGUUAUGUCAAGUGUGUUGUUGUUGGACUGGGUCUGUUUGAUAAUAGCUCGAAGACCUUCAAGGGUGACCAUAUUCUGGAGCAAUACGAGAAAUAUAAACAGUACACUUCGCAAGAUGAGGCUGGUGUUAAAGAGUUUCAAAAAGCUGUUCAGGACUUGAAAAUCGUUAGAAGCUCAAACUGUUUAACGAUUUUGAAAAUGUACUCACCAGUACACGCCAAGUUUACGGAUGUUGAACAAAAUGUCUUCUUUGGUAAAAAAGAAAUUACGGAUAAAAUUUAUAGCAGUGAUGACACUGUCAAAAAGCAAGAUGAAACGAUAUUUCGCUUCUGUGAAAGACACAAUUUCAAAAACGGUAGUCCUGAAUUGUGCAAUAUGAGAAAAACAGGAUUAACCACAAACAACAAACACUUGGAUUGCUUGUUCCGCGGUCUGAGAUAUUUCGAUGGAGAUGGCAAUAUUAAUCCUGCUGAAGUCAAACGGGAUUUCCACAUGAUCAAUGUUGCCGACAAAGACGCUGCAGUGGACAACGCUCUGAACAACUGUAAGGUCAAAGAAGCAACCAAGGCUACCGACUACAACGAUUGCCUGUGGAAGGAUCCAAAUCUGAAGGACUUGAUGAUGCCCGUCUUUGAUUAUCGUGAAGUAAGAUCGGAAUCGUAUCUUCACUAUAUUCUAAGUCCUGAACCGUACGAUGUCGCCAAAGUUAAGGAAAAGGUUAAAAAAUACGACAAGGAUGCAGGCUGCUAGUAGACAGUGCUUAAAAAAUAUAUUUCUGUUAAAGAGAUAUUGUC